UUUCCUUUAUACGCGGUCCGUUCAUUAUCAGGGAAUCACUACUGAAACCAUAUAUCUAUCCGUGUCUAUACUUUAAUUAAAAUGACAUUACCGAAACACAAAAUCCGCGAAUGGCUACUCUGUAAUUCCCUACUUUUGUUGUGGCAGGCAUUUUGACCCGGAAGCAGUUGUUGAACUGUUAAUUCAAUGCUUUGGAUCGAACUUGCUGCUUCAGUCAAAAUAAACAAACAUAUUCUCUUUUCAUUUAGCUUUUCCCCAGACAUGACAAGUGCUCAAUGAGGUCUCACGUCAGCGAUGGCUGUAGUGUCGUGGAAGGAGAUCUGUCUUCUGACUGGACUGGUGGUGGGCUGCUACUGGAACAGCCUGUUUUGUGGUUUUGUGUUCGAUGAUGUCUCUGCAAUCUUGGAUAACAAAGACCUUCGUCCCACCACACCGUUAAAGAACCUCUUCCUCAAUGACUUCUGGGGCACUCCGAUGUCAGAGGAGCGGAGCCAUAAGUCCUACCGACCGCUUACUGUUCUCACCUUCCGCCUCAAUUACCUGUUCAGCGAGUUGAACUCCUCGUCGUACCACCUCCUCAAUGUGGUUCUCCACGCUGUGGUGUGUGUCCUCUUUCUCCAUUUCUGCCGUCUGCUCCUGGACCGAAGCACCAGCCUUAUUGCAACCUUGUUGUUUGCAGUCCACCCCAUCCACACAGAAGCUGUUACAGGUGUUGUUGGCAGGGCUGAGCUGCUAUCCUCCAUUUUUCUGCUGGCAGCUUUCCUUGCGUACACCAAAUCAAAAGGCACCGAUCACUCUAUCGUUUGGACUCCUAUCAUUUCAACCGUGUUCCUGGUUGCUGUUGCCACGCUAUGCAAGGAGCAGGGAAUCACUGUCAUCGGGAUCUGCUGUAUUUACGAGGUGUUUGUUGCCCAAGGGUUCACUCUGCCCAUGCUGAUUGACACCCUGCUACAGGUGUUGAGAGGGAAAGAUGGUUUUCCCUAUGCUGUCCUCCAGACCCUGCUGAAGCUCAUUGUCCUGAUCAUCAGUACACUUUUGCUGGUCAUUAUUAGGGUUCAGGUCAUUCAGUCCCAGCUGCCAGUGUUCACCAGGUUUGAUAAUCCAGCUGCCGUCAGCUCCACCCCGUCCAGGCAGCUGACCUUCAACUACCUCCUGCCUGUAAAUGCCUGGCUCCUGCUCAACCCCUCAGAGCUUUGUUGUGAUUGGACGAUGGGCACCAUCCCUCUCGUGGAGUCCCUGCUGGACCCACGCAACCUUGCCACAUUGGUGUUUUACACCUUUUUAAGCCUUCUGGCCUAUCACAGUCUUUGGUACAACCACAGCUCCUCCAAGAUCAUCAUGAUGGCACUGUCUCUUAUUGUCCUUCCGUUCAUCCCUGCAUCCAACCUGUUUUUCCCUGUUGGCUUCGUUGUCGCUGAAAGGGUCCUAUAUGUACCCAGCAUGGGAUUUUGUGUGUUGGUGGCCUACGGAUUCAAACUUCUGUCGCAAAGAGGAGCCCUAAAGAAAAUGUCUUGGUUGCUCAUGGGAAUUCUCCUAACAACGCAUGCUGUGAAAACUUUCAACAGAAACUGGGACUGGGAGUCCGAAUACACGCUUUUCACAUCUGCACUGAAAGUGAACAGGAACAAUGCCAAACUGUGGAACAAUGUCGGACAUGCUUUGGAGAAUCAGAACAGCUAUGAGAGAGCUUUGAGAUACUUUCUUCAGGCCACAAGAGUACAACCAGAUGACAUUGGGGCCCACAUGAACGUUGGGAGAACCUACAAGAACCUAAACAGGUCCAGAGAGGCAGAGGAGGCAUAUCUAAUUGCAAAAUCCCUAAUGCCACAGAUCAUUCCAGGGAAGAAGUAUGCAACUCGUGUGGCCCCCAACCAUCUGAACGUUUACAUCAACCUGGCUAACCUAAUUCGAGCAAACGAUUCACGCCUAGAGGAAGCCGACCAACUCUAUCGACAGGCCAUCAGUAUGAGACCAGACUUCAAACAAGCCUACAUCAGCCGAGGGGAGCUUCUGCUGAAAAUGAACAAGCCCGGUGAGGCAAAGGAUGCCUACCUACGAGCACUGGAACUGGACCAUACCAACGCAGACCUCUGGUACAAUCUGGCUAUAGUCAAUAUUGAGAUGAAGGACCCUUCAGAGGCCCUGAGAAACUUUAAUCGUGCACUGGACCUGAAUCCACGGCACAAGCUGGCCCUCUUCAACUCGGCGCUUCUCAUGCAAGAGUCAGGUGUGUGGGCACUGCAGGGUGAAGCUAAACUUCGGCCAGAGGCAAAUCGUCGCUUUCUAACCUACGUAAAAGAAGAGCCGGAUGACGCUAAUGGCUACUUCAACCUGGGCAUGUUAGCGAUGGAUGCCAACGAGAACGAAGAGGCCGAGCACUGGAUGCGUGAGGCCAUUCGACUCCAACCUGGCUUCCGCAGCGCUUUAUUUAACUUGGCCCUGCUCUACUCUCAAUCACAGCGUGAGCUGGAUGCUCUCCCGGUGCUUGAGGAGCUCCUGCGGUACCACCCAGAGCAUGUCAAGGGCCUAAUCCUCAAGGGAGAUAUUCUUAUGAACCACCGCAAAGAUACACGUGGCGCCAAGACCUGUUUCGAACGCAUCUUGAGCAUGGACCCAAGCAACGUGCAAGCCAAGCACAACCUAUGUGUGGUGUACUUCGAAGAACGGGAGCUCCAGCGUGCAGAACGUUGUCUGGUAGACACACUGGCGAUGGCGCCGCAGGAGGAGUACAUUCGACGACACCUCACCAUUGUACGCAACAAAAUGGCCGCCAUGAGUGCCGCAGGGCAGCCGAUUGCACCGACAGAGGGUGGUAGUAUGUCAGAUAAGCAGCAAGGGCAUCAACCAGAAGACAAAAAGGUGGAGGAGGAAGAAGAGGAAGGGCGAGGAGUUGCCUCAGGAGCAGGGGAGGGGGCCAGGAAAGAGAAGAAUUUGAGGAAAUCCUCCUCCGCUGAAAACCAGGGCCACGGCCAAUCAAAGAAGCUGGACACAGGCCAGCCUGACAAGCGGACUAAGAGCAAAUCCACAAAAGAGAUUAAAGAUAUAGAAAAGAAAAGGGCGGCUGCCUUGAAGAGACUGGAGGAGAUUGAACGCAUAUUAAGCAGCGAUUAACCUUGUUUAUCAACCACCACACUAUUUUUAUAUAGAACUAUUUAAAGCGCAGGAACGAUACGUUUUGUUUUGGGUUUUCAAUUUGUUUAAGCAUGUUUGGUGGCGCUUGAUUGUUUUGUGUCUUUUUAUAUAUACAUGUAGUGAGUUAUACCUCCUUUUCCCACAGCUUUAAUUAUGUAAAGCUGUUCGACUAAAAGGGGAAAUCAGGGGUUGCGCUGAAGAAGCACAAAAUUAGGUAUGUUUUUUUUUUUCCCUUUAAAAGAAAUCUUAUUUUACCAUAUCGUUUAUUUAUGAUUGCCUAUAUUUGAGUCACUGGAUUAGAUAGUCACAAUUAUGUAUCGAUUUACUUCACCACUGGCAAGUAUUAUUCAUAAUCACACGUAAAACAUUAGUAUAUCAUCCAGCCCGUUUUAUAGCAGGACUGUCACAUGAAUGUUGAGUGUUAGUCCUAUGCUCCUCCCCCUUUUUACAUGACAUCACCACAUUUCCGUCAAUUAUUUGCUGCUUCGUUUGUUUGUGUGUUAUAAUUACUGUUUUGUUUUUACUCUACAUGGCAAAUGGUGUCAGUGUUAAUUAUAUCCUCUGACAUAAUCUCAUUCUGAAUUAGGGUCACCUCCCUUCUCCAGCAGUGUUAUUGCAGGCUUCUGGGCUUUUUACAAUGUGGAUGGCAUACUGCGGCUGAUUUCUCAGAUUGGUCAUGCAAAGCUCUUUCUGGUUUAUUUCCUUUCUUUCUAAGGAUUUCUGCUGCUUUCUGCUCUGUUUCUUGUUCUCCCUACAAAGAUCAAAGUGACAUUAUAAUCAACCGUUGAGCGGAAACAAACCUUUGAAACCUAGUAGGAAUAAUUCACCCAAACUAAACUUCUGUUGUCAUUUACUUAGCGUAAUGUCAUUAGAACGCUUUCUUUCCUCCAUGGAACAUUAUCAUUCUCAUGUUAUAAAUGAUAUGACGUAUGAGCUAUGCAAUAGUUUGGCUUCGCUAACACAAGUCAUUAUUCAAUGCAAAUCCUGACUUGCAGCGUGUUCAUAAAAGAGCGUUUGAUGUCUGAUUCAUAAACGACUCGCUAUUCAGGAAUUGUUCAUGUGACUUUAAACGUCUCCAGAUAGGGUGCAAAUUUAGCCACAGGAAACCUGAAACUCUAAUGUUGUUUUUAAAAGCUCCAUUCUUCGUCCUUUGCAAUUGUAUUUGCAUGAACGAACAGGACGUUUUCUGAAAGUUUCUUCGAUUUUCUAGCACAUAAGUAAUUCAUAUGGGUUUGGAACGGCAUGAGGGUGAGUAAAUGAUGACAGAAUUGUCAUUUUUUGGGGUAAAUGUCCCUUUAAUAUGGCGAAAAUCACAAUGUAGCCCACGAUUUCUUGUGGGUUCUCUUAGCUUUUGUAUUUGGAAAGAAUCAAUCACUUUAUUUCUUUCAAAGGGAGGUUAUAUGCCAAUAUGUUACUUCAGAAUUUUAAUGUACAGCAGAUGAUGCAGAGUAUAGUGUUUCCUGGGAAGCUGAAAAAACCAUGUGCUCUCGCUGGAAUCCUGUCAUCAUUUUACUGUUUGCUUUGAAGGCCGACCCUGAAAUAUCUUCUUCUAUCUCCUUCUGACUUUUUUGAAGAUCUUCAUGAAAAAAGGUACCUGAGAGCUCGCCGAUCUGUCGAGCAAAGCCUGUGCGGAUGCCAUACAUAUACACUAGAGGUACUAAGACUAACGCGGGCCACAUAUGAAAACUGAGGUGUUAUUUAAGUGUAAUAAAGCCACUUAAAGUAGCGUGACAAUUGAAUUCUUGAGAUUAAGUACCAGACUCAUGCUUUUCACUGUCAUCGGCUCUUUUGCCAAUGGAGAUGUCUUCAACCAUAAAACUUGAGUGAGAAAUCUGAAUCGCUUCACCUGUUUGCUCUUUCUUUUGGCAACAUCUGUGCAUCUGAAUCCUUUUAUUUUACUGUCAGUUUGAUAGUCUAUAAGGACAGAUUUACACGAUUGGAUCACAUUAAUCCUCAAAUAUAUGGGUUUGGGAGUUCACUUUUCUCUAAGAGGUUCAUCUAAGUCAUCUCACUCCGUUAAACAUGAUACGUCAUAUUUCAAGUUUCCCUCAGCUCAUCGUAAGACCUACUGAUGUUUAGUACAUUUUCCUCUAAUGGUUUGACUUAUGAGGGGUGCUGGGAUCCACGGUUUUCAAUAAAAAGACUUACAUCA